CGUACGAACUGAGAGUAACGGGGCAAGAGAAAUUCCGGCAAAGAUAAAGUACGCCAUCCCCUCUCCCCACAUCUAUUCUAUCUAUCUAUAACAUAUAUAAGCACGAGAUCCCGCCGGCGAUGGCGUUCACGUCAUGCUGUGUUCCGACAGCUCUUUCCGUCUGCUGCGACAUGCUGUAUUGUUGCGCAUCCAUGCUCCGUCUCCUGUUUGCAGCUCCGAGUUUGCUCAGCACCAUGACGACCUCUGCUUCAUUUCACGGCGCGGUCUUCAAAACGGAAGCAGCCUAGCAAGUAUCAGAUUGAUGAAAAGAAUUUCUGGCGCUAUGACAGAUUUGCUGUGUUGUUGCGUUCUGUCUCUUUCCGACAGCUCCUUCCGUCUGCUGCGACAUGCUGUGUUGUUGCAUGUUCAAACGUUCAUGUUCUCCAUUUUACGGUUUUUUGCUCAGUACCAUGGCAAUGCUCCAUUUCACGGCGUUAUUGGACCACAAACUUCGACGACACAAUUGACUUCCUCUUCCCACCAAUUCUUGAAGACGCUGAAAGCUGUCUUGAUCGUGCAUUCCUUUCCCUUCUCAACGUCGAUAUUGAUGGAUUUUCAACGAUAAAAUUCCAGACAAACUCCCGGACGAUCCCCAAUCUUAUUUUAGUUCGGACAGC